AGUUUUUGACAGCUUUCAAUAGAAAAGGCUGAACCAUGGCUCCAAGAAAAAACAAAGUUGCAAAAGAAGAAGUUCAAGUGACGCUCGGUCCUCAGCAUUUGGCUGGCGAAACAGUGUUUGGCGUUGCUCAUAUCUUCGCUUCAUUCAAUGACACAUUCGUGCAUGUUACCGAUUUGUCUGGUCGGGAAACCAUUGCCAGAGUUACUGGAGGAAUGAAAGUAAAGGCCGAUCGUGAUGAAGCUUCGCCCUAUGCUGCUAUGUUGGCUGCCCAGGAUGUUGCUGAAAAAUGCAAAACUCUUGGUAUCACUGCCCUGCACAUAAAGCUCCGUGCAACUGGUGGUAACAAAACCAAGACACCUGGUCCUGGGGCUCAAUCAGCUCUUCGUGCGUUGGCUCGCUCUAGUAUGAAAAUUGGCCGCAUUGAAGACGUCACUCCUGUGCCCUCAGACUCAACUCGCAGGAAGGGUGGUCGACGAGGACGAAGGCUGUAAAUCUGUUAGGUUAAGUGCACUGUUGACUUGAAUAAACAAGUUUACGGU